AGCCAACAUUACGUAGACUAAAGAAACAGCAGUAAGAAAAAACUGAGAUCGGUGAUGUGUUCUCUAUUAACUACCGUGCAUCAACACGUGCAGUUAUGCUUCGUUUGAGACUUGGGUUCAGAAGAUAAGAUCUCUACAAUACGUUUUCAGUUUUGAGAGGAAAGUUUCAUUUACAGGAUAAACAAAAUCAUCGUAAUUGGGAAUAGUUUAUAGCUGGUGGCAUCACAUCCAAUGGCCGUGGAAUUUCUCAGGAUCUAUGGAAGACUUUUUAGACGUCCGGUCUACCCCUAAGUUGUCGUCUGCCGUUCUGGUGACUGCGGUGUUUGUCCACGUGAUCGGAUUCUCGUCCAUCCAUUGGUCGGACGGUGGUGUGUUCUAUACCGGACUUUGGAGGGCCUGUUUCCUGACCGUGCCCGGGUUUCACUGUAGACAGGAUCCGUACUCAGCAGGUUGGUUUGGGGCUACACAGGCGUUUGAGACUAUUGGAUUAGUCGCUGGGUUUAUCGGAUUAAUCCUGAUCGUACUGUACAUCUUUAUCAACAAACUAGCAGGCAACCGGACACUCUUUAUCAUUAGCCUGGUCACAGUAGGAAUAGCCGCCGGAUCUACGCUGCUGGGGGUCGUUAUCUACGGUGUGCACGGCAGCGCCCUCUCGUGGUCGUUUGCUCUGGCCGUUAUAGGUGGACUAUUGUACCUAGUGACAGUGGCGCUGAUGCUUGUCCACGUCAGCAAACCCAACGCCAUCUGAGGAGUCAGCAGGAGCAUAUGUUACCGAUAAAGUGCCGAGGUCUUUCUAUCUCUCCCCUAACACACCUCCCUGGAAGAACAUUUAAAAGUGCACAGAAAAUACCCAACAGCGAAAAUGAAUAGAAAAUGAUGUAUAUACUUCAGGAAUAUAUGUAUAUAUUGAAAAUUUUUAAAUUAUGAGCGAGAGUUCUA